AUGGAAAAUUAUAUAGAUCAGAGGGGGAGAAUUGAAAGGACAGAUAUCAACUUUUACACUUGCGGUCAGUCAAUUUUCAACAAUAGUGAAAAAGAUUCGUUCUGUGAAGAGCCAACGAAACCCUGCAUUUCUCAGUCUUGUUGGAAAAGGCAAAUUUGCCAAAAUAACAGCUCUGCUUACAUUUGUGAAUGCCUAGAAGGAUUUCUCUGUCAAAAUUGUGAAACUGAUGCCAUUGAGUGUUUACCAAUACUUUGUCAGAAUGGCUCUGACAGCAUCAACAUAACAAAUAAUGUGACGUGCAACUGUUCAACAAUAUUUACUGGCAAGUUUUGUAAGAAAAUUCAAACAUCAUAUGAGUCAUUUCCUUGGAAGAAUAUUGCCAUGUGUAUGAAAUGUGAGAAAGAUUAUCAUUGCAGUUGUAUGCCAGAACUUACUGGAAAAAACAGUGAGAAAGUAAUUGAACACUGCAGACUGCUCAGCAUCAACUGUCUGAGUGAAGGAUGGUGUUUCAACAUAAUUGGAAGAAUCAGAUAUGUAUGCACUCCAGGGUGCACAAGAAAUUCAUGUUGGUUUGUGAAGAAUGUUUACUUCACUCAUCUGUACCUCUGCUACUAUGGAUCCACCUGCCACGAUAUUUGCCAAGCUAAAGGUCCUCCUCAAUUUGAAUAUGUGUGGCAAUUGAGAUUUACAGGAUCUGAAGGUGAAAUAUGUGACAUGAUUAUUGAUACCUACUUUUUCCUGGCUGCAAACUGCACUGGAGGUGCAGUCUAUGAGAACAAACCUGAAGACAUUAAUUCUGCAUGCUUGUUCCUGGGUGAAGGCACAAUACAGAUGUGUGCAAGUGGUUGCAGGUGUUUGAGUGAAAAAGACAGUCAGGGAUGUUGGUGUCCAUGUAUCCUCAGACGGUCUGGCAAAAUACAUCUGGAAAAUGCAACAGACUAUCAAGAAAAUGGGUGUCAACAUGAAGCUGUUCGUAAAAAUGAAAUUAACAGAACCAGGUAUUUAUGCAUUGUUUGA